AUGGCCGGAGCGCUCGCGUACGAGGAGCAGCGCCGGAGGCAGAUGGAGGAGAACGAUCGCAAGCUGGAGGAGCUGGGUCUGCACCAGCUCUCCGCAGCCGUCAGGGAGGCCGCCGGCCGCAAGCCCUCGCCGGUCAGAUUGGAGGCCAAGUCUGUGAAGCCGAAGCAGGUGCCGCGGGACGCCCCGGUCCGGCAGUCCAGCCGUGUGGCCAGCCUCCCCAAGCAGCCCAAGUACCGCUACGAGGAUGACUACCCAACCUUGGUAGAGAAGAAGAAGAUUAGGAGGAGGGGGAGCAGCACGAGGAGUGACAUAAUUAAUCGAGUGGACGCCACAGACGAGGCCAGACUCCAUGCCAACUCCGAGGCCCAGGAGCUGCUGCGUAAGCUGGUGCCCGGCGGCAACCCCAGCUUUGUCAAGCCCAUGAAACAGUCUCAUGUCACCGGAGGCUUCUGGCUCGGCCUCCCGUCGCACUUCUGCGGCCUGUAUCUCCCGGGGAGUGAUGAUACCAUCACUCUGGAGGAUGAGGAGGGCGUCGAGUACAAAACGCGCUACCUCGCGCUUAAGACGGGCCUCAGCGCCGGAUGGAGAAGGUUCGCCUUGGACCACAACCUGGUUGAUGGUGACUGCUUGGUCUUCGAGUGGGUCGUGUGGAAUACCUUCUAUGUCUACAUUAUCAGACAAAGUUCCUACUACAAAUGAAUGCCGAAUGAUGAGGGUGUGAUAUACUGAGAUUCGAAGAUUCACAUGGGAGCAGG